AUGUUUUUGUGGAGAGUAUUCAACGACUGUGUGCCUUCUAUGAGAAAUCUUAUUAAGAGAGGGAUUGAUCCAAACCCAAAUUGUCUAGUAUGUGGGAAGCAAAUUGAAACAACUGACCAUGCUCUUUUUAAAUGCAAAAGAGCAAAGGAGGUUUGGAAUAUUUUGUUACCUCAAGCUUUCCCGCAAUGUGAUUUUAAUAAUUCCGUUCAAGAUGGAUUGUUGUAUCUGGUGGAGUCGCUCUCUACUCCAGACUUUGAUUUGGUUGGAGUUGGUGUUUGGGCAAUCUGGAAUGAUCGAAAUGCAAUUAGAAUGCAAAGACAAAUUCCAGACGCUAAGAUUAGGAGCGAUUGGAUCCUUACCUAUGUGAGAGAUUUUCAGGUCCGUGAUGUCCCUUCUCUCGGUGAUUUUCGGAUUCAGGAGGAUGCAAGUUCAAAUGAUCGGACUAUUGAGAAUUACUGGUCGCCUCCUCCGGCUGGUUGGAUUAAAAUAAACGUGGACGCAGCAUGCAAGAAACAUCAAUUUAGAACUGGAAUUGGGAUUGUUUGCAGAAAUGAAAAGGGGCAAAUUUUGGCAGCAGCAUCUCAUGAUCCGCUAAUGGCAGAAUCUCUUGCUCUCUUUGAUGGCUKACCGUCUGAAUAUCCAACAAGUACAGUUUGA